AUGCAGACUGCUUCUACAAAAAUUUUGAAUGAAUGGGUCGCUCUCAGGAGCUCAGUGAAUUCAAGCGUGGUACCGUGAUAGGUUGCCACCUGUGCAAUAAGUCCAUCCGUGACAUUUCCUUGCUACUAAAUAUUCCACGCUCCACUGUUAGUGGUAUUAUAACAAAGUGGAAGCAACUGGAAACAACAGCAACUCUGCCAUGAAGUGAGCGAGGUCAACGCAUGCUGAAGUGCAUAGUGCGCAGAUGUCGUCAACUGCAGAGUCAAUAAUUAAAGACAUCCAAACAUUGUGUGGCCUUCAGAUUAGCACAACAAUGCGUGUAGAGCACCAUAGAAUGGGUUUUCAUGGC